CAAGUUCUCGCGGAAAAGUCAAAAGAACGCAGCCUGAAACAAAAAUAUUGAGAAAAGACAUUUUCCCUCCUUAUUUCCUUCUUGAUCGCGUCCUGUCCGUUGUCGUUUCUGUCGAAAUAAAGACCCGACUUGCAACCAGCAUCAAUUCAAAUCGGACUGAGUCCAAAUUAAUAUGUAGAUGCGAGUCGGCGAGGCUUCAGAAAAGUGUUAUGAUUUGUGCGCGUUAAUGAGAACCGAGCGUGAAACCUUGACUCGUUCCCGACAACGUGAAAAUUUUGCGUGCGGAAAAAAGCAGCACUCCAGUCGCCACAACGCUCGGAACGCUCCGCGAAAAACAAGUAAACAAGAUGUUUGUGUUGACGCUGCUCAUGGCCUUACAGGGGGUCUUCAUAGGCGGUCACAUGGUCAAGAGUAAUGUGCAUCACGAGAUAGAGACGGCCGAGCAACUGAUUGCGAAAAAUGCGAAGAUUGUGGCGGAAGAGGCGAUCGCAACGCAGGCGAAUCAGGACUUCCUGCGAAGCAUUGCCUUCCAUCCGUCCAGUGUGGACUUCGGCACCUGGUCGAUCGGCACGGCGCGUUCCUACCUCGUCACACUUAUCAACAAAAACUCAAACAAAAGCGUGCACCUGAGCUCAAUAAGCGGAAGCACGCAGGAGUUCUACAGCUCAUUUUUCGAGGACAAGGUCGUGCCGCCGCAAGGCAACACCACCUUCAAUGUGGUCUUCUUGCCGCGCGGCUACGGCCCCGUCGAGACUGAUCUAUUUAUCCAUACGUCCUUCGGCCAGGCACGCUUGUCCGUCAAAGGGGAAGGCAGAGAGUGCCCGUAUCGCAUAAAAUCUCUAAUCGGCAUCAAAGCGCCGUUCAACGCCACAAUAUCCCCUGAAAUUCUCAUGUACAACCCGCAUCCCAGGCCAAUACAAAUCCUUGAGAUUUACAGCAGCGGUGGCCAGUUCCAGCUGGAGCUGCCGAGUGGUGGGCAGGAAGGGCCUCAGGCCCUCUGGGAAAUUCCCCCACACACAACAAAGCCCAUAAUUCGGAUUCGGUUCCAUGCGAUCCAGCCCGGAAAUCACACGGCCUUCAUCCGAAUCAAGAUUUCAGAAGCACAAGAGCAAGACGAACAAAGAGAAGAAAACAUUCUAGUCAUACCCGUGGAGAUUGAGAUUGGCGAAGAUAGCGGUCUUUACUCCCCCAAUCCCGUGAUGGACUUUGGCAGACUGACGACUGCAGACAAUGAGAAGAGCCUCACAGUGAACCUAGUCAACUCCGGCAAACAUACGUACCAAGACCUCGAAUAUCACGUGAACGACGUGGAGGGUCUUAUUGAGUUAGAUGAAUCUGAUCUCACGCUACGCAUUCACCCUGAACUGGCUGAGCACGAUGUGAACAUAAACGGGAUUCUGCUUGUACGAAUGUGGCGGUAUGCCCAAUCCAAUGGCGACAAUAAGAGUUUGCGGAAAUACGUAGAACUUUCCAUAGGGUUGAAGGCGGAAAUUUACAGGGGAUCGUUGGAGUUCCAAAGCAACCGAACGGUUUUCAUAACAGGCACCAAGAACUACGCAAGGGGCGCCCGCGAGUUUCCCGUCCACAACAAAUUUAGCAUUCCGGUCGCAGUGCUAAAUAUCACGCUUGAAGAUAAGCACACGAGGGUCGUUCGCAUUAGCGAAUUCGAGCCGACGAUAGUUCCACCAAAUGAAAUUGUAAACAUUUUCAAAAUUUCGGUGCUCGACGAAACGGCCAACUUCAAAACAAAUCUGCGUAUUGCCACGAAUCUGAGCAGCUUCGAAUUGCCGGUGGUGGUGUGCUCUGGACUCCUGAAGCGCUACACUUCCCUGGACUCCAUAAACUUGACUCCCCUUCCCGAGGACAAUGUUCUGAACUUUGGCGCUAUACAACAUCAAGACUUAUCGCAUUACGGCUACAUUCUACUGCACAAUCCGAAUCCUGUGCCGAUUCCUUUGCUAAAGUGGAAUUUCACAAGUCAGAAAGGAGUAUAUUAUCAAGCCAUGUUCCUAGGGUGUACGUCGUCCUUAAACAGUCCCACAUUGGAUGACUCGGAUGAUAUCAAUGUUCCCGUUCACAAGAGGUUCUCAUUUUGUAUGAACGUAACAUCGCAGGGCGUAGCGGCUUUCGAAUUAGCUGUUCAGUCGUAUGCCGUUAAGUCGUUCACGGCCGUUUUUCAAAUAUGGACGGAGUUCGAGGAGAUUGCAACGACUAUAAAUUUCGUGGUCGUCAGGGGACGAUUGGAAGUGGAUCAGAGUCGAUUGCAUUUUGCAGAAUGUUUUCCGGGUAAACGAUGCUCAGCAGAUAUAUCGAUCCACUCAACAUUCGUAAAAAAUAUGCAAGUCAACUCGAUUACCGUCAGCGUACCUGGCCUCAUAUUCGAGUAUCACACACAAGACGGCCUUCCUGAGAUCAUUGCUAAUUCAGUAACUGACAUUGGGCGAAUACAUUUCGAUCCGAAAUCUGUUUGCGGAAAACGAUGUUACAUUUUUCAAGACGGACCUGGCAGUGAUACCGAAGUGGAGUCACUUGAAUUGGACGAAGCAGAACUACGACGACGUACUGAACUGUUUCGUCGUUUUAAAUACAACUUACAAAUGAUCACGUUCACUCUGAAUACAUCUGAGGUGCGACAGUACGAAUUUAAUUCCACUGUCGACAUUAUUUGGCCAAAACUGGUGAAAAAUCAUCAGAUCCUACCGACGAUUGAAAUCGGACAAAGUUACAAUGGGGAAAUUUUGAUAUCGAAUCCAUCGAGUCGAAUGGUGCGCGUUGAAAUCGAGCUGGCGGACCCUAAUAAAGCAAAAUCUACAAGCUUAUCGCUGCCUUUAGAAGUCAUCGACAAUUGCGUGUACUGCUAUCUAACUGACGAGCCUGUUUUUAAGUUAGGCCACGGGGCCAACCGACGAAUGCAACUCAGCAUCCAACCGAAUUCCGCAACUCCAGUACCAAUAAAGUUCAUAGGAAAUGUAGCGGGACAAUUUUCAACAUUGUUACACAUAUAUAAUAACCUCACAUUAUACGAAGCCGUUUGGGUGACAGCCAAAGCUGUGCAACCACAAUUUCGAUUCGGGAAUCGGAAGCCUGGCUCGACAACGCCACUUCUCUUUGAAGUGAAUGAGAAGCAUUUAGUAAACUGCGAACGUAACGCAGUUCAACCGACAGAACCACUCUUAGUCUCGACCAAGAGAACAUUCACUGCACGAAACACAGGCGAAGUUCCUAUCAUGGUGGAAAAAUUCAUCAUCAAUGACAAUGAAUGCGAAGGAUAUGGAUUUAGAAUUUUGGAUUGCUCCAGUUUUGAACUCAAGGCUAAUUCGUCCCGGAAAGUUGACAUAGCGUUCACUCCCGAUUUCACUAUGACACGCAUAUCGCAACCCUUGUUGAUUAAAACAAACCUCUCGAGUGAAGUUAACUACACGCUACUGGCCACUGUUCCCGCUUCGUCUUUGGAACUAUGCUCGAAAGCGGUUCAACGACCCUUUUGGGAAGGCCAUUUGAAAAAAAUGUCAGUAGGCGUUUUAAUUGUAGCCUUUGUUUUCGUUUUAAUAGCGGCCUGCAUAGAUUCAGACAAGGUUUUGAAGGACCAUGUACAGAACAUAUCGAAAGAUAAAGGGCCGAUGCAGCCGCCACUUGAUCUCCGGAACAUCGGAAUAAAACAAAGUCAAACGGAAGAGCAAACAGUUCAAGGGGAUUCAAUUACAAAUAUCGUGGAGAGAAAUGCGAACAAAUUCACGGUGGCGAACAUUAAAAAACGAAAUAUCAAACGGGGAAGUUUCACUCCUCCAGCAACGGUUCAAGGAAAAGAGAAAUCUUGGGCAGAAGAAUUGGCCAAAAAAAUUCGAAAUGUUUCAUCUACCACUUCAUCGUCUUCGUCCUCAGUCUCAUCUGUGUCUCCAAAACCAACUAUUUUGAGCAAAGCUAUUCAAACAGUGUCUUCGUCUGCUGCCUCAGUAGCGACGGCCUUGGCGAAGCCAAAAGAUGAGAAAGUCUCAGCUCAACGAAAGUCGACAGGCAAAGAACAAUUUGAAGCGAAUAAAACGACAAUCCCCGACAAAAGCCCGCAAUCUGAAACGGAGAAGAAGUCUUCUCUGAAGUCUGAUCUAGUCACUCCGCUUGUGGAAGCUAGAAAGCAAAAACUUCUAGUCAAAAAAUCAAGAUCUGCUCCUAUGGAGGCAGUGUCCAAAGAAACUGACCAUCCAGCUGUAACAUUUGCAAGUAAGCCUUCUGAAAAGUUAUCGUCGCGAAGUACAAAAUCAUCACCAAAAGAUAAAUCUGAUUCGCAACAAAAUUUAUGCGAGAAAAAAGUUGUUGAAAUUUCAUCUGAUGUAACCUCCCCGGGCGUUUCGAAACGAGACAGUCCCACUGGAAAUGCUGACCGAACAUCUCCUCGUCAUAAUACUCAACAGAAGAAAUUCGGAAAGACCCCUGGCAGGGAACGGAAGAAGGAGCCAUCUAGUCAAGCUUCGUCAAAACGUAAAGUACCGAAAUUCAAGGGAACAGCAUUUCAAUUCACCGCCCCUCUUGGCGGGGGAAGUUCUAGCAACAACAGUUCACCAACUACACCGUCAACGUCAACAGUUGGAACAGUUAAUACCCCUUGGGAUUCCUCUCAAAACACUUCUUUCAGCAACGUAGUCGCCCAAAAAUCUCCAAAAUCGACGGACGAGUCGAUGCAGACGUAUUCAGAUUGUGGUUUGAAACCGAUGUUUGACGAAACAGAUCAAGAUACCAACAAUAACAACCACGAUUGGAAUGAAGCCGAUUUGAAAAACCACGAGACUUUUGGCACUGAUACUGAGGAGAAGAGAAAUUCCGGUGACUUGGGCCCGAUUGGUACGAAGAAAUCACCAUCAUCGACGCCUGUCUGGGAGCCGUUUAUCAAUAAUAAUAUCCAUCGUCCAACCGCAAGCCUGUCUUCACAACACUCGUCCAAUACGAGUUUCUUUUCCAGUCAUUUUCCUAUUGGCGCUAGUUUCGAUUAUACAAGUCAAUUCUUAGGUGGUACAUCCGGUCUCUUAGACCACGUCUUCGCUGAGAGUCAACAUUUUGAUAAUGUCCCUCCCAAUGAAUUGCUGCUAACAUGGCUCCAACAGGAACGCUUGCGUGCAGCUGCCGGGUGGAACGCGUCCUCAAACCGAACUUGGACUCCGAUGGGCUAUCAGGAUGACCCGCUUCCUACUUCGUCUACAAAUGACCAGAUGCACGUUUGGCAACCAGCAGUACCUACCGUGGUACGCCCACCGCCUGGUUUGCCGCUACGCAGUAAUCGAGGCAGCCCAAUUCACCAGCAGCAACAGAUGCAAUCGCAGUUGCCGCAGACCCAACAACAGUCUCCUACUCAAAGUGACGGAAAUUUAACUAACUCAGUUGAUCCGUUACAACCCUAUCAUCCCUAUUCAUCCUUCAAUUCAAUCUGGUCGGAUCCUUGGAAUAAACAGGAGAAGGAGUAAUUCUACGUCGGUGACGCCACGUUUAGUGGACUAAUUAUUGCAGGAGGUUGCUAAGGAAAUUUAAUUUGUUGAACUUUUUUUUUUAUUUUUAUGCAUUUUUUCACUGUAACCUAAAGAUUCGUACCCCUAUUGGAUUGACAAAUAUCGACACCAUACAAAUUUGAGUAUGAAAUGAACGUAGGGUUUCAGAAAAUUCGCGUGUCAGUGUUCCAAUCGAUAUAAGGUCACUAAAUGCGGUAUCGUUCAUUUGGAGACUAAACCUGACUAUUUAGUCCUUUAACGCUGGUUUGAGGGGAGGAAUUGAAAAGUAUCUUAUACCCACAAUGCUCUGGGUAGCACGAAUCUUUUUUCAUUUUUCUUUUUUCCUAAAGAAAAGUACGGAUUAGUCUUUUUUUUUAUGCAAAUUGAAUUACGCGUUGAUACACAUUGCGAGAAGAAUAAUUGAAAUUUUUUAAGUUAAUCCUUUUUGAAUUGAAAACUUAACUCUAACAAAACAAUCCACAUUUUUAACGAGUUCAAUGAAUGAAUUUUUAUGAGAGAUGAAUUAUGUGAAACUGUAUGAUUUUGCUUGCUAUGUUGAAACAAGCACUUGGAAAAAACUGGCUUCAGCGAGCGAAGGAUAAUGUAAUGAUUUUGAAAAAUUUGAUAAUAAAGGAUCAAAAAAUGAUGUAAAGCUGAUAUUGGAGUCUA